AUGCCCACCAAAUGUGAUACCACGUUUCUGUUCUAUUCCCUCUUAUGCCUGAGCUCCACCAUCGCCUUGAUCUUCGGCGCUCUCUCAUGGUCUCGCACUCUGUCUCUCUCCCUCCCACUCCCAACAUGGCUCCCUGUCCUAACAACUCUCCUGUCCCCAUUGACCGUGACCGCCCUAGCGGCCAUCGGCAUCCUAAUCCCCAGGACACCCACAAACGCCGCAGCAGCGAAUAGCGCCAUCCAACGCGCUCUCUUCUUCAUCGACCAAGCCCACUCCAUCCUUUCAACUAUCAUAGCCACUCUCGCCCUCGCGUACCUGUUCCCGGAGAACAUCCUCUCCUGCCACCUGGACCAUCAAUGGCAGUCGUAUUUCAGCGCGCGAAACGCAGCCCCGAUCCGCUCCAUCCAGGAUACCUUCCAGUGCUGUGGUCUGCGCAGUAUUCAUGAUCGCGCGUGGCCGUUUAAGGAUAAGGCACAUGGUGAUGAUGCUUGUGAGAAGCAGUUGGGGUUCCGGCGCAGUUGCUUUGAGCCGUGGCGAGAGCAGCAGAGGAGUGUUUCGUGGAUGAUUUUUGUGGCGGCUGUUUUGGUCUGGGGGGUUAAGGUCGGUUAUAUUCAGGUAUUCCGUCGGAGAAAUUCUAGUUGGAUGGAUAGGCGUGCAGCGCGCGGGGCUUCCGACUACCAGAGGAUCACGAAUGCCGAGGGCCACGAACAUGAAGAGGACGGGGAUCUUGAGAAUCAUGACGCGGCUGGAGAAAACAGGCGGACUAUCUUGCCCCAGGCGAAUCCUGAAUACACUGGCAGCAAUGAGUGGACAGAGCGCUAGGUUUUGAGAUCCUGUAUCGCGUUGAUUUGGAAUGAGGUAGUACGAGGUGUGGUCUAUCUUCGUCAUUAAGUACUUUGCUUUUACAGAUACCGUGGAGAUUGACAGGUUGAAAACCGAAGGUAAAAUUGAAAAGUUCAUUCUCAGCAGAAGGUACAUAAUAGCAACGAACAAUGAAACAAAACCAUUUAGGGAUAUC